CAAUGUGUUACUACUUGCAAGGGAAUUGUAACGUGUGCAAUGCUCUUGCCAUGUGCGACCGGCGAUGUGGCGUCAUGACGCGAUUACAUUGGCCGGCGCGACACGCAACCCCGCUCAUAUGAACAAAGUUUUGAGAGGGCUGGAUAUCGCAGCGUGUGUCGCUUCCUCGACAGACUUGAGCCGAAGUUGAAAGUCCAAUAUUGAUAAAGUCGCAACCAUGGGUACCGCAUCAAUAUCAUACCAGUACGAUCUAGGAACGUACCAUUGUAAGGUCACAACCGCAAGUGCAGAGGCUCAGGUCUGGUUCGAUAGAGGCCUCAUUUGGAGCUAUGCAUUCCACCACGAAGAGUCAGCUCGCUGCUUCGAAAGGGCAAUUACUGAAGAUCCCGGUUGUGCGAUGGCAUACUGGGGCCUUGCCUUCGCUCUAGGCCCAAACUACAACAAGCCGUGGGAUCUCUUCGACGAAAAGGAGCUGAAGACAACUCUAGAGACGAUCAAAAAUGCACUCACAGAAGCUAAAGACCAUGUACUGGAUUCAACAGAGCUUGAAGAGGCACUCAUCGAGGCGAUCCAGUCUCGCGUGCCAAAGGGGCUCAAGGAGCAUGACUUCAAGGCGUGUAACGAGGCUUACGCAAAGGCCAUGGAGUCGGUGUAUGAGAAGUUCUCUGAUGACCUCGAUGUUACAGCUUUGUUCGCCGACUCUGUGAUGAACCUUUCCGCAUGGGAUCUUUGGGACCUGAAAACUGGUGAGCCGACUCCUGGAUCCCGCUCGUUGGAGGUCAAAGGCUUCCUCGAGAAGGCACUCGAGCAGGACGAUGUGUACAAGCACCCGGGAAUUCUCCACCUGUACAUCCACCUUAUGGAGAUGAGUUCGACGCCGGAAGCCGCACUGGUUGCCGCAGACCAUCUUCGCAACCUCAUCCCUGAUGCGGGUCAUCUGGUCCACAUGCCGAGUCACCUUGACAUACUCAUAGGGGACUAUCGACGAGCCAUAGCCUCGAAUGCUGAUGCCUGUCUGGCUGACGAGAAGUACCACAACGAGCAUGGGGGAGACAAUUUCUACUCUUUCUAUCGUAUGCACGACUACCACUCGCUGAUCUAUGCCGCAAUGUUCGCCGGUCAGUCGAAGGUCGCUCUAGAAGCGGUGAGCCGGAUGGAACGAUCACUACCGGCAUCUCUCCUCAACAUUGAGAGUCCACCCAUGGCAGACUGGCUCGAGAACUUCUCCUCAGUGCGUGUUCACGUCCUGGUCCGUUUUGGUCUUUGGCAAAACCUGCUUUCAUUACCCUACCCAAAAGAUAGGGACCUUUACUGCGUGACGAUCGCAAUGAUACAUUAUGGAAAAGGUGUGGCACAUGCCGCGACCGGAGACGUUGACAAGGCUCUGAAAGAACGUGCCGCUCUCAAAGAGGCCGUGAAACGGAUUCCGUCGUCCCGCAUCUGUGGUGACUUCCCGAACCGGUCAAACGUGGUUCUUCAGGUCGGCGAGGCAAUGCUCGAUGGGGAGAUAGCCUAUCGGCAGGGCAAUUAUGACGUCGCGUUUAGCCACCUCGAGGAAGCGAUCAAGCGCGACGAUGCUCUCACUUAUGCGGAACCCUGGCCAUGGAUGCAGCCAACGCGGCACGCGUAUGCUGCACUCCUGAUGGAACAGGGCAGGGUCGAAGAUGCGGCUGCCGCGUACAAGGCGGAUCUAGGGUUCGAUGACACCUUACCCAGGGCAAGACAGCAUCCCAACAAUGUCUGGGCUCUGCAUGGAUACCACGAGUGUCUUGUCAGACUUAAACGGGACGAAGAAGCGGAGAUAGUACGUCAACAACUCCGGGUAGCUCAAGCUGUGGCGGAUGUCACUGUUCAGGCAAGCUGCUACUGUCGCAACUCUGGGAGUGCCUGAAAACAGUUUUCUGAGGGCUGCUCAACGGUCAUGAAUUUACAGCUGUACGCUGCCGGAGUGGCUGUUCGACUCGCGUAUUUGUGUUAGUUGUUUGAGGUUUAUAAGCCACGCCUAUCCCUCAGUCUACGACAUUGUCAUGCUUC